GACACCUACUCCUACACAUAGAUAGACACAACUUACAAAUGUUAUGUUGGAUGUAUAUAUGUAAACCUCCUUAUGCAACCUUUGCAUAAUUGCAUAGCUUUUUUCUCCCUCCCAUAAUUUUCUCUCUGAAGUACAUGGCCAUAACAUAUGUACGUAUAUAUAAUCGCAUCCUAGGCUAUUGUUCGAGUUACGACUGUUUCGAGAUCCUGGUUCCGUGCUGCUUGUAAUGGCUAUUUUCAAGAACUUCUUUUCUUUGUUUCUGGUUUUCCUUCACUUGGCUUGCUUCAGCUUCACAUCUACUCGAAAGAGGACGAAACCGACGUCGUCUCCUCUGUCGCUUCAUUCGACAAGUAAUUCUCAUUCUCGUCUCAAGCUUAUCAAAUCGCAUAGAGCGUUUUCGUUCUUGAAACAUAUUUUCUCUUCUCAUUCGUCCAAAGCGGUUGCGCAACCGGGUCGGACCCACCCGAACCCGAGUAUCGGGUCUCCAUGUUCAUCAACUCGUUCUCUACGCCAUUCCUCUAUUUUCUCGGUUAUUCCGAACCAUGCUUUUGCGGAUGACCCGGAGUACCCGACCCGGAAAACCGCCGGGUCGAUACCCGACUCCGAGUUCUCGUCCGACACGGUACGGAAUGAUAUCUACCCUUGUCAAAUUUGUGGAGAGAUUUUCCAGCGGCCUAGUGUGCUGGAACAACACCAGUCCACUAGGCAUGCGGUGUCUGAGCUGGUGGAUGGUGAUUCGGGGAAAAAUAUCGUGUUGAUUAUUUUUAAUUCGGGUUGGACUAAUCGGAUCAAGGAACCGAUUAUUUAUCGGAUUCUGAAGAUCCAUAACGGUUCAAGAUCUUUGAACCGUUUUGAAGAAUAUCGAGAAAGCGUGAAGUCCAAGGCAUCUCGUCACGGCGGCACGUGUCGCCGUGACGAGAGGUGCAUUGCUGAUGGGAAUGAGCUGCUAAGGUUCCAUUGUACAACUUUCUUGUGUGAUCUAGGGCAAAAUGGUAAUUCCAGCAUUUGCAACCAGCAAUACUGCAGUGUGUGCGGAAUAAUCAAAAGCGGAUUCUCAUCCAAGCUGGACGGGAUCGCCACGGUGUCAACCAGCUGGAGAGCCCACGUGGCAAUCCCUGAAGAUAUCGAAGAAGAGUUUAGCUUCUUAAAUCUGAAGAGAGCAAUGCUUGUGUGUCGGGUCAUUGCGGGUCGGGUCGGGUGUGACCCGGCUGUGGCAGACAAAGAGGAUCCGGGUUAUGAUUCGUUGAUGGGUCCGGGUCGGGUCGGAGAAGAGGAUGAGCUGUUAGUUUAUAAUCCGAGAGCUGUGCUUCCAUGCUUUGUGAUUGUUUAUACAGUAUGAUUUAUUUAAGUGGUUAUAAUGAUAGUGUAGUGUGUGCUUGCACUAUAGAUAAGUUAUGGAGUGGUCAAGUAAUGACUCUUUUUAAUCUCCUUAAUGAUUAAACUUAUGUUAUUUGGGAGUGAAAAGAAAAAUUAAAGUUAGUGUUUGUCGACAAA